AUGGCUGAACGUCAACUUGUUCCGAAAGAUAUUUUUUACUUCAUCCCUAACUUGAUUGGGUACGGUAGAGUGGUGUCUGCCAUCGUGUCCUUUUCCUUAAUGGACCACCAUCCAAUCUAUUUCACCACGUUAUACUCGAUAUCCUGUCUUCUUGAUGCGUGUGAUGGGUACGCCGCCAGAAAAUACCACCAAUCUUCAAAAUUCGGUGCGGUGUUGGAUAUGGUCACCGAUCGUUGCACCACCACGUCUUUGUUGUGUUACUUGUGCAAGCUUUAUCCUGGUUUCACCAUAGUGUUCCAACUCUUGGUGUCGUUGGAUUUGGCCAGCCACUAUAUGCAUAUGUACGCCACUUUGCAAAGUGGCGGCGACUCGCACAAGAACGUUGAUAAGAACUCCAGUUGGUUGUUGAACUUGUACUACACCAACAAGAAUGUUCUUUUCACCGCGUGCUUGUUCAAUGAGUUGUUCUUCUUGGCUUUAUACUUGAUCAACUUUGACAGCUUCCCGCAAAUUUUCGGGAUCAACUUCGGGGUGGUCUUGGCGUGGAUCACUUUGCCAUUGUGGGCGUUCAAACAGUUCACAAAUGUUGUGCAGUUGAACAGAGCCGCGGUGCUUUUGGCGAAAAUUGAUUGUGACGUUGCCAACAAAAAGGUUCAAAAGGAUGAAUAG